UAGGGUGCCUGCCGAGCUACAAGCAUGCCGUUGAUGUCGGGAGCAGAGGAGGGGAACGUGAGGAAUGGCUGAAAACUGACGGUGAUCUCCUGUUAGGAAACACACCAGGACGGUCAAAAAGCCCGUCCGGUGCGUUCAACUGAGGAUUUCACUGUCCCCGGAUCAGCCGCGUAGCGACGCAUUAACAGGCACCGCUCGUUUUUUGUGGUUAUUUAAUGGGACAACGAAAACGCAAAAAACGCAAGGUACGCUACCGCUCCUGUCGCCAGCCCUGCUACUUUAUUUUCAUGGACUAAUACGACACGCAGGGGGGUUGAAAAAUGUUUCACGGCGAGGUAAAGCGCUCGUCUUCGAAGGCAAUGUUUGCUUGUUAACACUAGCUAGCCGUUAACGUGGAGGUUUUCCGGUCGGGCUCGCGAAUGUAUGAAGUGCUCGGACUUUAUAUCUUGUUUUGAAAAGCGUCGGUUAGCCUUCAUCUCUUCAUGCCUCAACCGACCGACCACAUGAGAAGUCGACGUCCGGAAUAGAUUGAACCACAAAACAAAAGGCCCCCCCUCCGCUUUUUUAUUGAACCCGCUUUCACCUGAACCGACGAGGAGAAAAAUGCGUGUGGAUUUGUUUUGGAUAUGUUUGUGGUGCUUCCUUCGCCCCGGUGCCACCGGUCAAGGGCAGUCGACGGCCGUUUGUUCGCCCUCAUGCAGCUGCGAUGAAGAUGGGGGCGCAGACUGCUCCGGGAGAGGGCUGACCACCGUCCCAACUGGGCUCAGUGCUUUCACCUACUACCUUGACCUGAGCAUGAACAACAUCACUGAGCUUCCAGCCUAUGUAUUCAAGAACUUCCCCUAUCUGGAAGAACUACGACUUGCGGGGAAUGACCUGUCAUUCAUCCACCCUGAAGCGCUGUCUGGACUCCAUCAGCUCAAAGUCCUGAUGCUCCAGAAUAACCAGCUGAAGACUGUGCCCAGUGCAGCCCUGAAGAACCUUCAUUCUCUCCAGUCUCUUCGCCUGGAUGCAAACCAUAUUACCACAGUUCCAGACGACAGUUUUGAAGGACUUCAGCAGCUGCGCCACCUCUGGUUGGAUGAUAACAACCUGACGGAGAUCCCUAUCGGUUCUCUGAAACACCAAGCGAACCUUCAGGCUCUGACGUUGGCGCUCAACCGCAUCUUGUACAUACCAGACAACGCCUUUGCAAACCUCACCAGUCUCGUUGUGCUGCAUCUUCACAACAACAGAAUUAAGGAGAUAGGAGACAACUGUUUUGCUGGACUCGUGAACCUGGAGACACUAGAUCUUAACUUCAACAGCCUGAUGGUUUUUCCCAAAGCAAUAGAGGCCCUGCCCAAACUCAAGGAACUAGGUUUUCACAGCAACGAUAUUGCUUCCAUACCUGAAGGGGCCUUCCAUAACAACCCCCUACUGCGAACUAUACAUCUUUAUGACAACCCUCUGUCCUUUGUGGGCGCGUCGGCUUUCCAGAAUCUGUCUGACCUGCACUCCCUGAUGUUACGAGGGGCCAGCAUGAUGCAGGACUUCCCCAUCCUUACGUGGACUAAUAACCUUGAGAGUCUGACCCUGUCAGGAACCAAGAUAUCAUCCAUCCCCACUGAUCUUUGUGAGGAUCUCAAGUUGCUUCGGACACUAGACCUGUCCUACAAUGAGAUCGAGGAGCUACCAGCCCUGCAGGGCUGCGUCCGGCUGCAGGAGAUAAGCUUCCAGCACAACCAUAUUCAACAAAUUGACAGGGACACUUUCCAAGGCCUCUCUGCUCUCCGUUUGCUAGACCUGAGUAGGAAUGAAAUCCGAGUCAUCCACAAAGAUGCUUUCCUCACCCUCACCGCACUCACCAACCUAGAUCUGAGUAUGAACUCUCUGACUGUGAUUCCGACGACUGGACUAAGUGCACUCAGUCAGUUGAAACUCUCAGGAAAUCCGCAGAUGAAAAAUGUGCUGACUGCAAAAAACCUGCCCAAACUCAGGUCCAUCUCUGUCCCUUACGCCUACCAGUGCUGUGCAUUUGUGGGAUGUGACUCAAUGACGAGUUCUUCUGAGGAAAAUGACGUGAAGAAAUCUACAGGCGGGGAGGAUGUGGAAAGAAUCUCAAUGAUUAUGCAUUGCUCUCCCUCACCAGGAGCCUUCAAGCCUUGUGAGCACCUGCUGGGUAACUGGAUGAUUCGGCUGACGGUCUGGUUCAUCUGCCUGGUGUCGCUGGUCUUUAACAGCCUGGUGCUGGUGGCCACCUUCUCCCCCACACACAGAUCGGCAGGCCAUUCCCACUCCCUCUCCCCGGCUCUCUCUCCGGCGAGGCUGCUGAUGGGGCUGCUGGCGCUGGCCAACCUGCUCACAGGCCUGUAUGUCGGCGUGCUGACCGUGCUCGACGUUGCUACCUGGGGCUCCUUCGCAGAGUUCGGUGUGUGGUGGGAGAUGGGGCCGGGCUGUCAGAUCACAGGAGCUCUGGCCGUCUUCUCGUCAGAAUGGGCCAUCUUUUUACUUUCUCUGGCGGCCGUGGAGCGCAGCGUGGCCGUGCGGACGAUUCUCGGGAAGGUCAUGAUGUCGCCCCGGAGGAACGGCGGCAGCCAUCGCGGAUGCUGGAGAGGAGAUCGGCGUUUCAGCCUGGCCGCAGGGCUGCUGGGCCUGCUGGCUGUGGCUGGAGCCUGCCUGCCCCUCCUGACCUCCAGCAACCAGUCCACCUCUCCUCUCUGCCUGCCCUUCGCUGGUGGUGAGAGUCCAGCUCUGAGUGUCACAGUCGUUCUGGUGCUGCUCAACGCGCUGGCUUACCUGUUCACUGCAGCUGUGUACACCCAGCUGUACUGCCACCUGGGCAGAGUGGAGCUGGCAGAUCCAGAGCAGACGGGUGCCCUGCGACACGUAGCAUGGCUCAUCUUCACCAACUGCAUCUUCUUUUGCCCUGUGGCGGCCUUCUCCUUCGCCCCACUCUUGACUGGCUCUACAGCCGGCGGCCCAGAGAUCGCCAAGUCUGUCACCCUCAUUUUCUUCCCGCUGCCUGCGUGCCUGAACCCAGUGUUGUAUGUGUUCUUCAGCCCGGCCUUCAGGGAGGACUGGCUGAGACUGCGUGGCCGCGGAGGUCUGAGCAGGGAGGCGAAGGCUAACAGUGAAAGUCAUGGAGACGAUGGCGGCGGCGGGUCGGAGCUCACGGACGGCGGCUCCUCCACCCACCUGGGUUUUGACUGUGGGGUGUACUCACAGCUUUGUGGAGAGACAGUUGUAUGCGAGCAGUGCGAGGCAGCGCUGCAUGCCAGGACCUGCUCCUCCCCCUCGUCCUCCACAAUCUGUAGACACUUGGUGAAGUCGCACAGUUGUCCCACCCUCCUGGCGGGAGCUGCAGUGUGCCAGCGCGCCGAGGGGUUUUGGGCAGACAGCAGCACGCCCUCCGCCCAGUCCGAGUACGCAGACGAGGGGGACUCGUUUGUGUCGGACAGCUCGGACCAGGUUCAGGCCUGUGGCAGAGCCUGCUUCUGUCAGAGCAGAGGCCUUCCUCUGGUACACUACUCAUACAACAUACCUCGAGUCAAGGACUAAGGACGCUUCAGAGCGCCAGUACGUCUGUGUGCACAGAUCUCUCUGUCAUGUGAAUUUAGACGCUACAACGAUAUGUAAACAUUUUUAUAUCAAACGAUAAAAUGUGCCAACUACCCUGCUAAAGACUAUUCAGCAAGCACUUGUGUUUGUAUUUAGUGUGUAAAGAGAGAUGCAGCCGAUCAUUUAAAGGGAACUUGGUAUGGCUUUGGAACUUGGAGAGCUGAACUGAGCACGUCAUGUUACAAACUGGUCGACAAAGGAUCAUGCAAAGGAAAGUCUUGCCGCCAGUGCCUGCCUCUUGCUCUGAUUGGAUAUCAUGAUGUUGCCAGCCUCAAUGUACGUGUCGAAAGAGUUUGUGAUUUCUCUGUUACACCUGUACUUAUAAGCUUUUUUGUUUUUAAUUGUUAUACAUCUUGUCAUUUUUUAAAGCUUCUCCACAGCAACUGUUGAUUUUAUACUUUGAUUUUUUUUUUACAUAAAUGUAGCAAAUGUAAUAAUCAUUGUAGACUUUUCUGUGUGAAUGUAACUUUCAGGUGGUCUCAGCCACCAGGGGGGAAUAAUGAAACAUCAGCAAUAACUUCUGCCCUGUCUGCCCGUGAUCCUAAUCUAUUGGUGUGAGAAUGGUAUAAGCAAAUGCCAGUCUAUAAUAAACACGUCUUUGCUUUAAGUUACUAAGACUAAGAAUGUGAUAAAAGUAGCAGAUAUCACUGUUUUAGCAACAACUAUGCUUGGUGGUGGUGAAACAUUUUAUUUAUUGUUUGAGCAGCAGGAGUGUGUGGGUGGAGAUGAUUUCAGGUGUAUGAACGGCAGCCUUUGAAUGAUAUAAUGGAACCCAAGCGUAAUUCGUCACAAAUACAUUGCACCCAAAUAGCAGUUUAGGUCCAAUAAUUCCAGUUAUUUGAAAAUCUGGGCCUUGUUUUCUGAGUUUGUGCCAUCACGCUUUUUGAUUUGGAUCUGAACUGUUUUAUUUCUCAGCUGCAGACCUCCAUAUUCUAUUUGAGACACAACAAACAUGCAAACCUUUUCUUUUUAGUACACUAACACCUAAAUAAGAUCUGCUUUUACCCAUUCACGUUUAAAAUUUCAAAUAUUAAAGGAAUAGUUCAACAUUUUGGGAAGUAUGCUUAUUUCCUAUCGACAAUAAGGUGACAUGAUUAGUACCGCAUGUCAUAUAUCUCUAUGCUAAAUAUGGAGCUACAGCAAGCAGCCUUAGAUCUAGCCUUAAUCUAUUCAAAAUAGAAAAUUUAAACAAAUAAGAUGUUGUGAGAAGGUGUUGUGAGUAGUUAGCUUUAGAUGUGAUGGUAGGCAGAUUAUGUUACCUUUGGACAGAGUGAGGCUUGCAGUUUCCCCUGUUUCCAGACUUAGUGCUAAAAUAAGCUAAGAUGACUGACUGCUGGCUCCAUAAUACAGAUAUGAGAGUGGUGUUGUUUCUCUCAUUAAAAUCGGUGCACAAAAGAGAAUAUUUCCCAAAAUGUCACAAAAGAAAAAUACACUAAACUUUGGUUUUAUUUUGAACCACAAAUAGUUGAUAAUAACUGUAAUUACAAUAAAAAUGGCUGGCAGCAAGCAUCAACCAGGAAAUUGCAAAAAUCAAAAUCGUCUGUAUUCACGGUAGCCGGACUCCCCAGAAGAGUGAUAGCUGACGUGCGUUUCUGGUUGAUUUAAAACUUACCAUUAAACAUAAUUUGGCUUGCGAGCAACAAGUUAAACACACGAAUACCGUCCAAGUUAAACACGUGAAUGUAAUCCCACUCUUCCACUUCAUCCAACACGAUGUGAACGCAGCACAAGACUGGCAGCCAGCUGAGUCAACAAGAAAGUGUACCAGCGCUGCCAGAAAGUAUGAAAUGGAGCAUUGUAGUUGAAGUGUUGGUGAUCAUUAUUCACCCACAGAUGUUAAAAGACAAGUAUCUGCAGCGUGGUUUUGCUUUAAAAGGAUUUUUUUUUUUUUUUUUUUUAAUGCGUGCAUGUGGGCACUAUGUGUACCUGUCAAGGUAUUUGGAGCUCUACAGGGAAGUAAUUGGCAGAUAUUUGACCACAAUAAAUGGGCAUGAUGGUGCACAAAGGAGGAAAGUAAGGCCUAUGUUGAAAAUAAAAGGAAUUAUCAAGAAGCUAAUUCGCUGCUUCCAUUGUCUUUUCAGUACAGUUAAGUUAUCAGCGAGUGACUCAAACACUUACUGUAAGCUCACAUCAGUCUGUAUAACCCAGAGCGUUAUUGGAAAGCACAUUAACGUGGAUCUGUUUUCACCCUGAGAGCUGACCCGAGUGAGACUGUGUGUGACGAGGGAUUGACUGAUGUUUGGUGUGCUGGAGCAUGACUGUACACAUUAAGGUGGAUACACCCUUGGAGCAUGUAUCCACAAGUACACGUCAUGUGAGUGCUCAGGAAUUUAGACAAUCUAGGGAAGCGUUUUCUUCCACCAGCAAGACAUCCCUGUGUCCUUUUAAUGCAUCACUUCAUUUGAAUCCCGUUGGGUUUUCUGUUUUCACAUAGGCAUCGCACCAGGUGCGUCACAUCUUGCACCAACCAAAAUGUCCGUUGAUUGUUUGAGAUGUCCGAUGUCCCAUCUGGUGAAAAUGUACAAAUCUGUUUUGUACAUCUGUUGGUAGUUUGUUUUUUUUGUAUUUGUAUGUAAAUUAUUUGAAAAGAAAACAAGUAAUCAAAAAUGGGAUGCUAACUAAGGAAGCUACCUCCUCGACUGUAGUGGCUACCAGCAGUGCUUUGUUCAAGAAAAGUCUGUUUUCAUUUGUUGUUAUUCUUUGUUUGCCUUCUCAUGCUGACACACGUGGUUGUACAUCAUCAUUUCAGAUAAGUGCAGAUUGUGGGAGGAAUCUAUGUACUGUAUACUGUGAUUUUUGUUUUUUAACCAAACUAUAAACUAUGAAUUUUUUUUGUUUUAUCUUAUAUAGAUGCAAACAUGCAGAAUUAUACAGAUUAUAAAAAAAAGAAUCUCACUUAAUUUCAGUUCAAAUUAAAUCUUAUUUGUAGUUUUUCAUGUGA